CCCGAGAUGAGGGAGGGCCUGAAGAGACUGAGGAGCAUCGUGAGUCCGGGCCGGCCAACAGGCAAAUACACGGCAUUUGAGGAACUCGGGCGAGGGGGGUUUGGAGCUGUUUAUAAAGCCCUUGACACCAGCAGCGGACAACAGGUGGCAAUCAAGAUCAUGUCACUCGAGGAGGAGAUGUCCGAGGAGCUGGCUGCCAAUGAAAUCCUGGCCAUGAGGGACAACAGGAGUCCCAAUAUCGUUACCUACUUAGACAGCUACCUGGUGGAUGCGGAGCUCUGGCUGGCCAUGGAGUUCAUGGACGGCGGCACCUUGUUUGAUGUGCUGAGGGCAGUGUACCUGGAGGAAGGACAGAUAGGCGCUGUCUGUCGGGAGUGCCUGCAAGGACUGCAUUUCCUUCAUUGCCGCCAAGUCAUCCACAGAGACAUCAAAAGUUGCAACGUCCUUGUGAGCACGGACGGAUCCGUCAAGUUGGGUGACUUUGGCCUCUGUGCUCAGCUCAGCCCUGAGCACAGCAAGCGCAGCUCCAGCGUCGGCACUCCCAGCUGGAUGGCACCGGAGGUGGUGAGAGGAGAAGCCUACGGCCCCAAAGUGGACAUCUGGUCCCUGGGGAUCAUGGGGCUGGAAAUGGUGGAAGGGGAAGCUCCUUACCAGCGGGAAGCCCGUCUCCGGGUUUUUGAACUGCUAGAAAGGAACGGGCCCCCAAAACUGCAGAACCCCAGGCACCACUCGGCUCUCCUGCGCGACUUCCUCCGCUGCUGCCUGCAGGCAGAUGAGGACAGGCGCUGGUCUGCCCAGGAGCUCCUACAGCAUCCCUUUGAGCCCCUGCUGAGCACGGCUCCCCACCCCGGCCCUUUUCCCACCGAGCUGGGGCUCCGCUUCACCUCCAUCUGCUGGCAUACGAGGAUCCUUGUGCUCAAGGAGCUCUCAGCAGACGGCCUGCACCCCGAGAGGAGUCUUGGCUUUCCCUUGGGUGGCACUCAGCGUGCAAACGCGCACAGCGCUGCCAAAAUGAUCGGGCAAGUCUGUGCCGCCGUUUGCACCGUCUUUUCUGUUGUCUAUUCUGGCUACUACCUGACCCAGCUGACUCGGCCAGGCUUCCCCGUUUUGGAGCAGCCCUUGUUGCUCGUGGCGGAAGAUGCUGGCGGCCGUGUGCCUGCUGAGGCGUAG